AUGUCUUUGGAGCUGGACCAUGAAGAUGAGAAAGCGCAGCAGCUGAUGGCUUUCGCCAAGCAGGCUGAGGAGAUCGUAGAUCAAUUUGUCAAAUUGGUGGUCGAGCAAGACUCAGUGCAGGCAAUGGGCCAGAUCAUGGAAAACUGCGUGUCUCUCACCGGGGCCAAAAGGGCGAUCUUUGUCUAUGACUCCAAGGUUGCAGGAGAGGCGACGGCCCAGAGUCACAUUCGACGGCCUCAGUUUCGCCGUGAUCAUUUUCAGAAGAUUUGCUCCUCAUUCGUCCGAGGCAGAGGUGGACCACAGCCACGAGAGGGCGACAUGGUGAUCUUUUUCGAUGGUGGACGCCAACUUGCUCCUAUGGUGCUCAGUGCGUGUGUGAAGAUUACAAAUGCCGAGGACCAUGGGCAGCAUUGGGAAAAGAAGCAGAGGCAGGAGAUGAUUAUUCAUUACUGCGAGCAGUCCAUCCGAGCUCGCAGGUGCUUGGUGCGAGGCCUCAUUCCGACCCAUGAGGGAAUUCACAUCGUCACCUCUGGGCCCGUGUUGGUGCAGGACAUCCCUCGCAAGAUCUUCUCCGGCACGAGCUUGAGCACGGCAAUUGGUCCUGUGAAGCUUCUUCCUUUUGAUGAGGAGCAAGGCUUUUGGCUCAUUAGCAAGGAAGAGAAGGAUAAGAUCUAUGGACCUGCUGGAAAAGUCUUGUCCGGAGGAGCGCUGCCUGAUUGCCCAGAUCGUCCAGAUUUGGGGGAAGAUCAUAUUCCAGUGAACUACCAUGUGAUGCCACAGGCGGUGUUCGCAGAGUUGCUGCACUCCUUUCAAGCCAGCGUGAUGGUGAAUGCAACUGAGAUCGAUGGCAAGGGCGCUGAGGCGGCAAUCUUGGCCAAGAAGUCGUACAUUGGUGUUACCUUCACAGAGUAUCAUGCCCAGCAGCUGAGGAAGCUCCUUGUCCGCUUCGUUUGGGAGCAAUUCAAGGACCAAUCCUCUCCGCUCUACAAUGUUGAAGUGCAGACCCUCCUCAAAGCUCUUGGUGGCAAUCCCAAUGCGAGCACGCCCCUUCCUCUUGGUAGCAGUGGUGGCAGUGGUGGCAGUGGCAACACCGUUCAGCCAAGUGCAAGCGGAAGAGGAAAGGGCGGAAGAGGAAAGGGCAAGGGUGGUGGCAAGGGUGGUGGCAAGGCUGGCAGCAAGGCUGGUGGCAAGGCUGCUGGUGGGAAAGCUGGUGGUAAGGCUGCUGGCAAGUCAAAGAGCAAAAAGCGUGCAGCCGGAGAGGAUGAUGCAUCUGAUGGUUCCAAGAAGCAAAAGACAUCAGAGGAAAGCUCCAAGAAGGAAGAGAUCAUGAACAAGCUGAAGAUGCUGACCCGGCAAGGCAUGAUCGAGGACGACGAUGAUGACGAUGAUAUGGCCGACGAGGCCGAAGAGUGA